ACGCAAUUUUCAUUCCAAAAAACAAUCCCCACUCCAUUUCCACCUUCAUCACAGCGCCGAAACCUAACCAGAGAACCAGAAAAAAAUGACAACCAGCCUCAAGAAAAACCGGAAGAAGCGCGGCCACGUAAGCGCCGGCCACGGCCGUAUCGGAAAACACCGCAAACACCCUGGAGGCCGAGGAAACGCCGGAGGUAUGCACCAUCACCGCAUCCUCUUCGACAAGUAUCACCCUGGUUACUUCGGCAAAGUGGGUAUGCGUUACUUUCACAAACUCCGCAACAAAUUCCACAGUCCCACCGUGAACAUUGAUACUCUCUGGUCUCUUCUACCUCAAGAAGUGAAGGACAAAGCUUCUAAGUCGAAGGAUGUUGCUCCUGUGAUUGAUGUUACGCAGUUUGGGUUCUUUAAGGUGCUUGGGAAAGGAGUGUUGCCGAAGAAUCAGAGUGUUGUUGUUAAGGCGAAGCUGGUUUCGAAGAUUGCGGAGAAGAAGAUUAAGGAAGCUGGUGGUGCUGUUCUUCUUACUGCUUAAUUAGGGUUUUUUGUUAUUAAGAUUUUUCGCUAAUGUUUUAGAGUUUUUAUCUAUUUGAACUCAUAAUUGAUAUUUGACUUUGUUUUUAUAUGAAAUGGCUGGUUUCAUGAUUUUUGGAGGAGAAUUCUUUGUUUUGAUUAUUAGCAUUGGUUUGUAGAAUAAUCUAUGUUAGAAUGUUUUAGUUUUAGUUAUUUUUUUAUGAACAAUAAAUUAUUUGAUAA